CGUUUGGACUUCCUUCAGAAUUACUUCGAACAAAACUCCUCAAAGCAGUUGUGGCCUGUGUCUCCCAGACGCCGCUUUUAUUUUGAAAGCACAUCGAGGUCUUGUGCACUGCUGGAACUUCAUUGGUGAUACGCGAGAGGAUCCGGAAGAGAAACUAGUGUGGAUGUCAUCGUCUCAGGUGACUGACAUGUUACCUGUGUUAGUUGUCCAUGGAGGGGCGCUGUGGUGGAGGCUGUGACGCUGAUGGAGAAUAACCCCUCCUUUAAUGCAGGCUAUGGUUCGGUACUGAACGUGAAAGGGGAGGUGGAGAUGGAUGCUUUCGUGAUGGAUGGGAAAACUCUAGCGACUGGUGCUGUGUCAGCUGUACGCAACAUAGCCAACCCAACACAGCUAGCACAAAUGGUUAUGGACAAGACGAGUCAUGCAUGUCUGACAGCAGAGGGUGCCAAUCAGUUCGCCUGCUCCAUGGGUGUCCCCGAGGUGCCAAUGGAGUCCCUCAUUACUGAGUACUCCCGCAUGUGCUGGAGGAAAAAUCGGGACCCUAAUGCCAACCCUGUGGAGUGCCAAAUGAGGGGAGUGGACACAGUUGGAGCUGUUGCAGUCGAUAGUGAGGGUGUUGUGGCCUGUGCGACCUCCACUGGCGGGAUCCUGAACAAGAUGGAAGGAUGUGUUGGGGAUGCACCCUGCAUAGGUUAUGCUGACAACAACUCAGGAGCAGUGUCGACUACAGGUGACGGGGAAGACAUCAUGAAGGUUGUUCGACUCACCCUGUUCCACGUGGAGCAAGGGCAGUCGGUGGAGGCAGCCAGUGACACGGCCCUGGCCUACAUGCAGUCCAGGGUGGGGGGUCUGGGUGGGGUGGUGACGGUGGACCCUCAGGGUAACUGGGCCGCUUGUUUCUCCAGCUUGCAGAUGGCGUGGGCCGCAGCGCAGAAAGACACGCUGCACUACGGCCUGUACAAAGGAGAACACUUCACACAGAGUAUGGAUGAGCCACACUGACAGAAAACACAUUUGUUUUUAGACUACAAGGUCCAGGAGAGGGGCUGUGAGUGUCAGCAUAUACAGACUCUCAGUGUUUGUACUGAUUGUGUGAUAAAAACAUUAAUAAGGAGCUUAUUUCAGCAUGCAGACAGAUUCUUAAGUCCCACAGAGACCUCAUGUGGUCACGUUGAUGCAACAGGAUUCCUGAGGAGCUCACUGACCUUCGACAGCCUCAGUGUCGAGCUGUCAUUUCACUGUCCGGAUAUUCUGGAGUCAAGAUCUCAUCAAUAAACAACCUGCCUGCUAUCUGUCACAAACAUGAUUAGGUCAUUUUGGCCAAAAUAUCAUCAUCAAGGCCUCCAUUUAUUGGAACAAACCAUCAUUUAGUUAUUGUUUUAACUGGAAAUGUCUGAAAAUCCCUGAAUCAAAGAAGCCAUAUGAGACACAGCACGUCUCUACUCUUAAGAAGAGGCAGAAGUAAUCUUAAAAAUGUAGUGGUUACACACAAUCUACUGGUGUCUAUGGGUUGUUUGUAGAUGAUGUCACACAGAGAAGAUCUCCAGAUGGGGGGCAGGGACUGGUUUCUGCAUUGAAAAGCACCAUCAAAAUGCCAAAGUUUGAGCUGUUUAACAUUUUAAAUUGCAAAAAAAGUAAUUUUGAGCUUGAGUCACAAAACUAGUAACACAUUCAGUCAAAAAAACAAAACAAAACAAAAAACUCUGAGACGGUGGCAGGCUCUGUCUAAAAGCUGGACAAUCUGAGUCGGACAACGGCCAUCUAAAGUCUGUUUCCAUCAAGAGGUCCAGUCUGGCUCAGUAGAGUUAAUCACUGUUGUCAUGGUAAAACCUGAUCUUGCUAGUAGGAAUGGGCGGUUAUAUAUAGUUUUUAUUUUAGCUUAAGAAAAAAAAAAAUCUUAUUUUGGUGAUCUAAUAAAAACAUGUUAAAGAAAGAUGAGCUGUAAAAGUAUAGCACCAUGGGAGCUUUGUAAGAGCUGUGAUGUAUGUUGCUGUCUCUUUUAAGAGAGUUUUUGCGGUGAGAAGGCUUAGAUGUGAGUUCAGUCUGUUGCAGAUCAAUCAUGGACUGACCCACAUGGUUUUCAUACCGUAGUAUAGUUUGUUGAUUGGGAGAACUUGACUUUGAACAUUCCUGUAGGAAGAUGUAACAAGUUGGAUUAAAGUACUUGUUCUAUCAUUUCUACUCUGGAGUCUUGUAGAAGUUUCAAGCAAUCAUUGACAAGUAAAUCCAAGGCCAACAGAGGCCAACAGAGGAUAUUGGAAGGAAGGAGCUUUGAAGGAUGCAGCUCAGGUUUAGAUCCAGCCUAUAUGUGUCUUCUUUCCUGUAUGUCAAAACCUGCUCUGUCUCUUUCUCCUUUAUUUCCCACUGUUCUAUCAAAAAAUACAGACACAAAAGCCCCAAAACAAAAAAUCUUUAAAUAUCUCCCCUAAUACUGAUACUUUUCUAUAUUAUACCUUUUUCAUUACAUUAGUUUAAAAAAAAAAAGUUUUCACACAUUUUUCAAACUCUUUGGUCCCAAAAAACUGAUCUUUGUAGAGUUAGAUUGAAACAGUGGCAACAUUUAGUAAAUUACAUAGUAAAUGUUUACUUUGCAUUUUUAAAAUGUGACAAAAUUAAGUUAAAUCGAAAUAUUUCACAUGAUCAUCUUUAAAUAACCUAGUGGCAGUAAAAAAAAAAAAACACAUUAUUGAUUUCUGAUAUGAUUGUGUGCAUUAUGUGAUACUGUACUAGUUGUGUGAUAUUACUUCUUUGCUGUCUUUGUACUAUAAAAUGAAGCAGUUCCAUCAAUGCAAUAUUGGAACUAGAGCUACUUUCUGUGAAUUAAUGUUUAUCAGGAGAUGAUUGAAAAGCUGAAAUACUGUCUGGGAAACACUGAUUCUUAACUAUUAAUGUCUUUAUCUCUUUCUACUAAAAUGUGAUUUUAACAGAUUUAUUUACCCUGACCCUGUUUUACCCUUUACAACCACUAGAGGACACUGUUUCAAUACAAAUCAACUCAGAAACUCCACAUACAAGUUAUUUCUUUAUUUUUAUUUUAUACAGUAAGAAAAAAAUGAUUACAAUAAAAUGUAAAGUAAGUGCUCUAUUAAAAUGUCAGGUCUUUUGGUCGUAAAAAUACGAAUAUCUCUGACAUCAGUUUAGCUCUAGGUACAUAUAGGUGUGGCUCAUAUCUGCAGUGUAUUUUGUGAAAUGGUAAUUUUGUUAAACCAUGGUGGGAAUAUACAAAAGCCUUCCUGCAUAUGCUGCACUCAUUGGACUCCACUAAACAGCUUUAUCUUGUAGCCGUGCUUACACUUCAGCCUCUUUAUCAAGCACCAUUUUGACUCAAAUAUAACACAGGAAUAUUCAUUGAAACACAACAGUAUACAGGGGUUGUCUUGUUCAGAGUGAAGACUUUUGAAUCCUGUAGACAUUCACAACAACACACAAAGCCACUUAGCUGUGAAGCAACUCUUCCACUUAUCAGUCUGCUGUUAAAUUUGAACCAUAAAUACAUGGAAUAUGGUGCAGUGGAAUUGUGAUUGAAACUUGUCAAAGCAAUUUCUUGUUUGCAAAUGCCCACCCACAACAAAAGCCAGGCUCCUGAAAGGCUGAAUGUCAUUAUGGUAAUAUAAAAGUCAAGAUUCCAUGACCAUCUGCUGAUCAGAACAGUCAAAAGGAGUCUUUUAAUAAGGUUUUCUCACAGUUAUUGUUUAUUUUCAAUCAGAUUUUUGUGGAUGCUAAAUGGCAUGUUAGAUUUUAAUACUGCAUUUUAAUUUUUUAUUUUUGAAGCCAAGUUCCUGGGAUUUACAACAUAUUCUUUCUAUCCCUCUCUCCUCUGCUUGAUAUAUUGAAGUCCUUCCAUAGAUCUCUGGUGGGAGGGACUAAAGGGCACAAGUGAGGGACACAUGGUUAUAACUCAAGGGACAUGAAAUGUACCAAUGGGCAUUUCUGAUUUGUCCUUUGUCUGUGAGUAGUCCUAUUUCUGAGUCAGCUGAUCCUGAGAAAAAAACUGUCCCAGACCCCCCUGCACAGAUAUAGGACACGUGUGACCUCUACAUCCAGAGUCAGUACCACGUAUGAUCAGAUUCAUCUUCCCUGGCAGUACUAUAAAUAAACCCAGGCUGCUGAGGAGAGAAUCAGUUACUAUUUUUAUAUUUUACUCAAACCAGAGCACAGCAGCAGCAUGUCUUCACUGUCAAAAGGCAGGUAAGGCCAGUUUUAUUGCAGCAAUGCUGAGCCUUCUAGUGGAAACCUCUUGCAGCAGGAGGGUGUGACUCUCGUCUUCACAUAGUCCUUUUUUCCCUGAGAAAAACAAAUAACAUCUCAAUGUACAAGAGUGAGAUGUGAUUAGAAUUCAAGCAUGAGGAUAUAAAACUUUAAAUUACAUUUCAUAACAGAAAUCACAUGGCCAAUCAUUAAGGCAACGUUUAGAGUGCUCAUUUUCAUCCUCAGCCUCUGUGAGUAGAUGUUCAUGGUAAAUUCUUGUAUUGACAUUUUGCCUCUGGUGUCACAAUAUCAGUCCAACCCCCGACUGGAUGAUGAAAAUCAUGUUACUGACUGGAUGUCCAUGCCAAAUAAACUGUCUUGCCCACAAAUUCCCCACAGCGAUCUAUAUAUUCAACCAUUGUUACCUCCUGUUGUGCAGGGGGUUCUUUCACAGGCAAGGCAUGACAGCAGCUGGCUCUGCUAGUUUGGUAACUAUGACAACCAGGAGUGUUGGUGUUUACACCUUAAAUAGCAGAGGAGCUUACUACUUCUCAAUUUACGUCACCUUAGUUUUAUCCAAACAUGUCUAAAUUAGAUCCAUGAUCUUUUAAAAGUCUAGGACUUCUCUUUAUAAAAUUGGAUUUUAAGUUAGAGAUCAUUUGACAGCCCACAUUUUUAACAACAAAUGAUGAAAACAUACAGACAGGAAAAUAUAAUAAUGAAAAAAAAAAAUACUAGCAACACAAAAGCAACAGUCCUGUAGCAAAGAAACAAAAGGGGGUUCAAAUACAGCUUAUGGACCUGAUGCUAUUGUUUUUUUCUUUCCUUUUGAAAAGCUGGGAAAAGUCUCAGAAAGUUGAACUGUUUUUUUAACUGAAAGUGCUGUAAAACCAACAACAAAAACAGCUGAUGCCAAAAGGUGUUUAAAGCCUUUAAGCUGGUAUUGAAAAUUAGCACUGUCAGUGCUAAAAGCCCCAGCUGUGGACUCAGACCAACAUGACUCUGUACAUGCAUGAAUUAGAAAAGCUCUAAGUCUGAGAUGGUUUCUCUCAGGUACAAGACUUUGAAAGAAAAGCCAAUCUAAAUUCUAAAACUUUAUUUAUUUAAAUGAUAAUUGAUAUGCACAACUUUCACAAGGAGGGUAUACAAGUGAGUUUGUGCAGGGGAGGUAAGAAAACCAGAGGUCUUGUAAUUAAACCUCUCCAUGUCAUGUAUUCAUCAUUACAACACAUGAAAUGACAGAAGACCAUGUAAAACCAAAGUAAGGAAAACAGUAACAAGAAAGAGGAAAUAAGAAUAGAAAAAGGAAUUAGU